AUGAGUAAAGUUUUUAUUAGUCGACCAGAUGAUAAUGUUGCCUGGGGUUUUCGACUUCAAGGUGGACUUGAAUAUAAUGAACCAUUGACAAUAACUCAGAUUGUGCCUAAUUCUCCUGCUGAUGGUAAGAUUGAUGCGGGUGAUAUGUUAAUUGAAAUUGCUGGAACUAAUGUGACACAAACAACACAUAAAGAUGCACUUGAACUUAUUCAAAGUUGUGGAAAUAAUAUUUUACUUACCUUACAAAAAGCUGAUGAUUCAUAUCCACCUGAUACACAGAAAUUAACUGAGGAACAACAAGAAUCAUCAUAUAGUUAUGAUUCGUCAUCAGAACCUCAGCAUAAUAUAACUUCAAAGCCUAUGGUAAAUAUUCCACAAGCGCCAAUAUUUAACGCGAAUUUAGUGAAGAAAAGACCAGCCAAUUUAAUGAAGUAUCAAUCAUUGAGUGACAAUUAUCCCAUAUAUGAAGAAACAGCAGAAAGUCCAACUCUUUCUCCUAUUCUUGCUAAAUAUCUUAGUCGUCCUGGUGUAAAACCAUUUACAUACAUACCACCAGGUCUUGAUUUAUCUAAAUUACGUGAACUUCGUGCUAAACGUUUUCAAGACAAUAGAUCAACAAGUGAAGACAAUCAAGCAAUCAUGAAUCGACGAUUGACUGUACCAUCUGAUCAACUAAAUCAACAUCAUUAUACAAAUACAAAUCCAAUUCAACCAUUUAGUUAUUCUCAUCAACCACCAACACCACCAAAAAAAUAUAUACAACAUGAUACUGAUGUAAUAACACAAUGUCGUUCAUUUCAAAUGCUUCAAGAAUGGAUAUCGGAUAGUGAAAAAACUAUACCUACUGUUAUACCAUCAUUACAAUCUACAACAAAUAGCUCAACAGUUGCUCAAACUACUCAUGAUCAACAAAAUAAAACAACUCCUCGUCAAUCAAGUUUAACUGGUAUAUCAUCACUUCCAUCACGAUCAUUUCGUUAUCUUCAAGAACAAUAUAGUGUUGAUAGUGAUGAUACUACAAUAGUACCCAAAAAAUCUUUCGAAGAAACAACAUCAAAAAGUGGUACUGGUCUUCGACGAAGUAGUGAUGCUCAUAAUCCAUCUCGAGCAUUUAAAUAUUUACAAGACCAAUAUGAUAUAUCUCAAGAAUUAGCAUCAAAUCAAUCUCGAACAAUUAAUAAUCGAGAUGAUCUUGUAGAAAUUUAUAAUAAACCACCACCAAGUUCUCGUGAACGUGAACCCGACACACCACAUUAUAAAGGUUCAACAGUUCCAUCACGUGCAUUUCGUUUUCUUCAAAUGAUGACACACGAAGAUGAUGAACAAAAUGAUUUAAAAUCUAAUAUCAAUUAUACAAAACCUCAAGAACCAUUGUUCAAUAAAUAUGAUGAACAACAUGUUUCAACACAUGCAAAUAGAUUAAGUGAACAUCCAUCACGUUCAUUUAAAUAUUUACAAGAACUGACUGGUGAACAACAAUCAACUUCAAAUCAAACAGCAACACAAAGUAGAACAUUAACGAAUAAUAUAAAUUCAACAGAUAUUGGAGCAAGCAGUUUUUAG